AUGAGAUCAGGAUGGGGUGCGAACAAAGACUGCGGGUUGAUGGAGGGCGAGCGAACGCGCGCGCCGGGUGUCUCUGAUAAGGCGAUGACAGCGGAGAAAGCUGGGAUAAUAUAUCGACAGGAUAGAUGCAGUGCAGGAACUAGGCAAGAAAUGCUAACAGGGUUGCGGGGGUUGGACUCGGCACAUUGGAAAACCUCCAAAAAGGAGUCGAAAGUCUCUGGACAUCGAGUUACUGUGGUAAACUUGAAUUUCUCGUUGACAUCGGAUGCUGUUAUCAGCGUAGAUGGGGUGUAUGGCUAUGUUGGAGAGCAUGUACUGUCCUUAAUAUUAAUAAAGAAGGCUAAAGAGCUACUUGACAAGGAAUAUUUCAGCGUACAGAGGCAGUAUGGCUUGGUUAGAGAUGCUGGGUUCUUCAUGCAUGGCGCGUUAGAUGGAGGAGAGACGGUCUGCAAAGUGAACUACCCCGAUAAUCAAGAAGGGCAAUACUGGAGAAUGCUAAUCCAACGGCUUUCGCGGAACUACAUCACAAGGAAAAUACCCCCACCUAUGCAAAAGGCUGCGUAUCCCCGUAGCAGGGAUGUGGGGCCGGUUAAGCUAUCAAGCUUGCAAUCAGAAGUGAGAGAACCAAACAUGGGCUUGGAUAUUAACAAGAUUGAAGAGGCAUGGCUAAAGUAA